AUGCGUGUUCAGGGGCACCAGAGAGAAGCCUGGGACCCCGGGGGGGCCCUCGGGCUGGAGGCGGCGUGGGCGGCCACGAAGGACAACGGAGGCCGGAGGGGCCCUCCUCGGAGGCACCUGUCGGGAAGUCUGGGGGUGGCGGCGACCCGGGGUGACGGAGGCGCUCGACGGCAGGGCAGGCCCCCGGCCGGGGUCGCCGGGGCUCGGGCGGAUGCUCGCAGCCCGCGGGUCGUGCAGGGGCCGCGGGGGCCCCGGGAAGCGCCGCCGCCCACGUGGCCGCCGCUCGGGCCCCGCCGCCCCCCGCGGGCGCCCCCGGGUCAGGGCGAGGCCGCGCCCGCCGCCCGCCCCGCCGCGCUGCGCCUGGCGCUGGAGCAGCUCUCGGGGCUGGGGCUGGGGCUGGGGCUGGGGCUGCGCGGCGCGGGCGGCGCGGACGACGAGGGCGCGGGCGGCGGGGACGGCGCGGGCGGCGCGGACGGGGCGGCGGAGCCCGCGCCCCCCGACGGCCGGGAGGCGGCGGCGCCCGCGGGGCCCGAGGCCGCGGCGCCCGGCCCGCUGGCGCUGCUGGACCCCGGCGGGAGCCCGCCGCCGCCGCCGCCGCCGCCGCCGCCGCCGCCCCCCUCCCGGCCGCCGCCCGACGUGUUCGCCGGCUUCGCGCCCCACCCCGCGGCCCUGGGCGCGCCGGGCCUGCUGGCCGAGCCGAUGAGCGUGAUCGGCAGCCGCAAGAAGAGCGUGAACAUGACCGAGUGCGUGCCCGUGCCCAGCUCCGAGCACGUCGCCGAGAUCGUGGGCCGCCAGGGGUGCAAGAUCAAGGCUCUGCGCGCUAAGACAAACACGUACAUCAAGACGCCCGUGCGUGGGGAGGAGCCAGUCUUCAUCGUGACCGGCCGCAAGGAGGACGUGGAGAUGGCCAAGCGCGAGAUCCUGUCCGCCGCCGAGCACUUCUCCGUGAUCCGCGCCACGCGCAGCAAGGCCGGCGGGCUGCCCGGCGCCGCGCAGGGUCCGCCCAACCUGCCGGGCCAGACCACCAUCCAGGUGCGCGUGCCCUACCGCGUGGUGGGGCUGGUGGUGGGGCCCAAGGGCGCCACCAUCAAGCGCAUCCAGCAGCGGACACACACGUACAUCGUGACGCCGGGGCGCGACAAGGAGCCGGUGUUCGCCGUGACGGGCAUGCCCGAGAACGUGGACCGGGCGCGCGAGGAGAUCGAGGCGCACAUCACGCUGCGCACGGGCGCCUUCACCGACGCGGGCCCCGACAGUGACUUCCACGCCAACGGCACCGACGUCUGCCUGGACCUGCUCGGGACGGCCGCUGGCCUCUGGGCAAAGGCCCCCAACCCCGGUCGGCGGCCCCCCGCGCCCACUGCCAGCCUCCGCGGGGACCCGGCCCUGGGGGCUCCCGGGGGCCCCGAGGCCUUCUACGCGGGGGGCCGUGGGGGGCCGCCAGUGCCCGAGGCCGGCCCCACCAGCCCCUACGGAGGCGGCGGCUCGGGCAACGGGGGCUUCACAUUCGGCGGCGACGGCCCGGGGGCCCCGGCGGGGCCGCCCGCCCCCGAGGACUGUGACUUCGGCUUCGACUUCCUGGCGCUGGACCUGACCGUGCCCGCCGCCGCCACCAUCUGGGCCCCGUUCGAGCGUGCGGCGCCGCUGCCGGCCUUCGGCGGCUGCUCGGCGGUCAACGGGGCCCCCGCGCCGCCCGCCCCGGGCGCCCGGCGCAGCAGCGGGACCGGCUCGCCGCGCCACUCGCCCACGCUGCCCGAGCCCGGCGGCCUGGCCCUGGAGCUGCCGCUGGCCCGCCGCGCCGGCCCCCCCGACCCGGUGGGCGCCCUGGCCUGGCGGCCCGCGCAGGGCACCCUGGCCUCCUUCCCCGGCGCCGGCUUCUCCGCGGCCGCCCCGCCGUGCGCCCCCCUGGACCCCGGGGCCUCCGAGGGCGGCCGCAAGCCCCCGCCAGCCGCGUCCUCGUCGUCAUCCUCGUCGUCGUCCUCGUCGUCGGCCGCGCCGCCCCCAGCCGCCCCCGGCCCGGCCCUGGCGCGCGAGUGCGUGGUGUGCGCCGAGGGCGAGGCGAUGGCCGCGCUGGUGCCCUGCGGCCACAACCUCUUCUGCAUGGACUGCGCCGUCCGCAUCUGCGGCAAGAGCGAGCCCGAGUGCCCGGCCUGCCGCACGCCCGCCACCCAGGCCAUUCAUAUCUUUUCCUAGCGGGGGCCGGGGCCGGGGGCGGGGGGCCGGGGCGGCGGGCGGCGGGACCAGCCUUCACAGACGAGCUUUAACUCGGCCCCAGGCGUGGAGACGGCUGCCCGACGGCAUCUCAGUUCCUAACAAAUAAACAGUAUUGAGUCGACAGGUUAAAAUAAACCAGAGAGAAAAGGUCUGCUUGCACUUUUUAUUUAAGACUCCCCGCCCCCCAGGGUGAUCUUUUUAAGGAAAAAAAAAAGAUGAUAUAUAUACACACACACACAUAUAUAUAUGAUUUUUACAACUCUCGCUAGUCCUUUGGGACUCGGAUUUCUGACUUGACAGUGCUGGCUCCGGACACCGCCGCAGCCUCUGCGAAUCCCCCCAAGGAGCCCUCUUGGGGUCCACCGGUUGCCCUUUUGUACGUCCGCGGGGGACAGGCUGGAGGGGGCGGGGUGGGGGCGGGGGGCCCAACCAGAAAUUUCUAACUUUUUGUUUUUAAUUAUUAAUCCCCUUCUGCUGUGGUUUCUGUUGUCGGUUUUUAAAUUUUUUAAAUUGUGUUUUUUUUAAACUUUUACUUUUUACCUCUUGUGUAUAUGUAGGGAAUUUAUAGGGAAAUAUGUACUUUAUGAAAUAAAUUUUAAGAACUAAAAUAUAUUUUAUUUUAAAUAAAGUAACGGACCUUUAAUCUUACACAGCUAAAUUACUGAUUAUAUAUUUGCUGAGCUGACUUAAGGGUUCAGAAAAUUGUAUCAAGAGUUUUAUUUUUUGACUUCAAAGCCUUCUUAAUAAAGUCUUUUUACUACA